AUGGUUUUGGGCACAUUAACACAGUCGAGGGUUACACCGUACUUGAUCUAUCUCGUAUUUAUUGUCACGCUUGGUCCGCUUCAAUUUGGCUUCCACCUGGCAGAGCUCAAUGCCCCUAAAUCUGUGAUAACAUGUGAACGUCAAGGGAUUCAUUCUUCGGGAAUCACGAGUCUUCCACAAUGCUUUCCUAUGACCCCAUCGCAAUUUGGCCUCGUCUCUUCGAUCUACACGCUCGGUGGCUUACUUGGAGCCCUGCUAGCAGGACCCAUCGCAACCAAAUAUGGACGUCUACUUGCAUUACGAGUCACCACGAUAUUCUUUAUUCUGGGGCCUGUGGCGGAGACACUUGCACCAGCAAUUUCCCUCUUGAGUCUUGGUAGAUUUCUCUCUGGAAUUGGUUCUGGUGCUGCAAUUGUGGUUGGUCCUAUCUACAUUUCGGAAAUUGCUCCUCCCAGUUCUCGAGGCCUCUUCGGUGCCUUCACCCAGGUCAUGACCAAUGUCGGUAUUUUGUUGACACAAUCCCUGGGAUACUUCUGGAGCAAAGCAAGCCUCUGGAGACUCAUACUGGCUGUGGCCGGAAUCAUCGGGGCCCUGGAGCUCUUGGGGUUGUUCUUGGUACCAGAAAGUCCUUCGUGGCUCGCAGAACACCAGAAGAUCAGUCAGGCACGCCGCGUCCUGCAGCGGAUCCGCGGUCGGGAUGCCGACAUUGAAGCGGAGAUUGAGAGUUGGAGCACCUCAGAUGUCCCUGCAUCUGGCGAGGAAGAGUCCUUGCUCUCUAAUUCUUCCGGUGACAGGCCGUCUAGAAAGGCUGCAGUCACGUUCAUGCAGGUUGUCAAAGACCCCUAUUACCGCCCGGCUAUUAUUGCUGUGGUUGGCGUGAUGGUCGCCCAGCAACUCACCGGGAUGAACAGCAUUGUUAUGUACAGCGUGUCUUUACUCCAAAGCAUCCUACCAACGACGGCUGCGCUACUCACAGUAAUUAUAUCUGCGGUUAAUCUCGUGAUCACGCUGGCGUGCUCUCCCCUGCCCGAUCGCAUUGGCCGAAAAUUGUGCCUGAUGCUGAGCAUCUGCGGUAUGGGCUGCAGUUCCAUACUUCUCGCGAUAAGUAUCUUCAUGAGCGCUAAGAUUUUGACGGCGAUCGCUGCCUUACUUUUUGUGGCAAGUUUUGCGGUCGGACUAGGCCCGGUCCCCUUUAUCCUGGCCUCCGAGCUCGUAGGGCCCGAAGCUGUCGGCGCGGCACAGAGCUGGGCGCUUGGUGCCAACUGGAUCGCAACCUUUGUGGUGGCACAAUUCUUCCCAGUGCUCGAUGAUGCCCUUGGUGGCCGUGGACAGGUAUACUGGGUGUUUGCAGCUAUGGCUGGGUUGUUCGGUGUCUUCAUCUAUCGAUAUGUGCCGGAAACCAAGGGCAGAGCUAAUGCCGACGAGGUUUGGGGACGAGCCGACCGACGACAAGACUGA